AUGACAAAAGGUGGUAAGAAAUACUCAUCAAUGGAAAAGGAUGGCAAAUGGUUGGCUCAUGCAGGUUUACCAGCAAAUGACACCAGUAAACGGGAGACGUGCACCAGCACAGGGUAUAUGAUGUCUCAGAGUGAACCACUACCUCCAGCAUCUAGCACAGAGAAGUAUCCCAAGAUCUUCAUCAACACAGAACAGAAAACCAUGGGAAGAGUUUAUCCAUUCUCAGCCCAUGAUAACCAAGCUGCACUGCAAGAUAGCAUCAAUGUAUUUGAUGAUGGAUUAGGCCGCAAGAAGUGCCUGGACGAGCGUAGACAACAUAACUCCCACUUCUGCCUGUGCCACCAUGGAAGUGUGAGUGGCGUGGGGGAGACGAGGGGAGACUUCUCAGCCUAUCAGACAGACUACCAGGACCGCCAGGACACAGAGGGCUCCUCCACCAGCAGGCGUUUUCCCAGUAACCAUCUUGAUAGGUCCACUGUGGCAGCUGCUGCCCAGGCAGGAGAGCACUUUAUGUGGUUCGGGAGGCAUGAUGAGGACCGUCCUGUGCCCCUUGAAGUGCUGGCAGCUACCAACUGCUCCUCCUCAUCCAAGCCGUCCAGACACUCCUACCAGAUCAGGUAUUAGAUGAAUAUACCAUAUUAUCCAAAUACUCUUCUUUAGGAAAUCACAAAGCAACACAUCUUGAUGGUUUUCCAAGUGCAAGUUAAAAAAUAUGAAACAUUGAGAUACGGAGAUGUAAAAUUGUAUUAUUUAUACAUUUCUCCUUUUACAGUAAAAUUGGGUUCUUAAGGAAAGUCAGAUCAGACAACCAUCCCCUUUGUUCCUCAUUAAUUAAUCACAUUCAGAUUAAUUACGUAAUGAAGGGCAAUCUAUUUUCAAGAACACCAUUUGUCACAAGAUUUAGAUAGAAAAAACGUGUAAAUCAAUUACAUCAUAAAUUAGAAAGAUUAUUAGAUGUGAUGUACUAAAGACAAAAGAAUAAACUGAGGAGACGCUGCAGCCUACUCUCAUAGACUAGACGGAACAUAGUAAAGGUAAAUCCGGGACACUCAAAUUAGUAUGAUAUGUUAUGUUUGGUUACAUAAGACAGAUGGUUACUUAAGGCAAAAACGAAAGCAGGGUAUAACACAAAGGUAUUUCAACCGAAAGGUUGAGAGUUCGAAUCUCAUCAUGGACAACUAUAGCAUUUUAACUAAUUAGCAACUUUUCAACUACUUACUACUUUUUUGAAACGUUGCA